AUGCUCAAGUCGACGAUCGUGGACACCAGGGUGCGCCUGGUGCCCUCUGAGAAAGUGUUGACCUUUCUGGACGCCCAGAAGGAACACUUUAAGCUAGUGCCUGAAAAUGUGGCUAGGCUGAUGAAGCUCAAGGGUUACAAGCUGCCCGUCAGCACAAAAAUAAUCAAAGAUCGGGAUGUCCCCAGCCAGCGUCCGAAGAUCGAUCAAGACCAACUAAAAAAGCUUAUUGCUGACAUACCCGACCUACCAGAAAAGACUGCCGAUGCAAUGAAGCCUGUUUCCUCACAGGAAACGGAAGAGGAUACGGAGCAAGAUGAACCACGUACGGAGAUAAAGGAUGUCUUGUAUCUAAGUGACCUGCAUUGGCUCACUGAUGUUCUUCAUGAUUUACGGCGUGAGGAGCACUCUGAGGUCUUUCUCCACGAGCUGAUCGAGACCUGUGAGAUGGUGCUGCCCGAGAACGAGAUAAAGCAGCGCGAUCCUGAGCUGGAAGCUCGCUGCCAAAGACUACGUGAAGAGCAGCAGAACCGGGAGUACCACAAGAUGACCAAGAACGUGGAUGCUGGCCUGAAGAAUUUCCCUGAAGACACAAUUUCUUAUCAGAUUAAGAGCAUCAACAAGCAGAUCAUUGCCGUGGCGCAGUUCAUCUUCUCCGUGGCCGCUGGCUUUACUUUCGGCUUCUUUGGCGUUAACCUAAUGGUGGGCCCACUGCCAUUCGGCUUUCGCAUUCUCCUGGGCGUGAUUGUGGCCCUCAUCAUAGCUCUGGCCGAGAUGUACUUCCUGGCCAAGAAGCUGCAUGAAUACGACGAGGUGCUCGAUGCGCCCAAGCGGAAACCGCAGGCAACCACGCCGGUGAAACGGAGGCAGAUCGUCAAAUCGGGCGGAAGUGGUGACCAGAAAUUGAAGCCGCAUGCCGAUUAAGUUCCAUUAUCCUUGUAUUAUUUCGCGUUGCAAUGUUAGGUUAUAUAAAUAGCUGUAAAAGUUUUA